AUGGCAGCCCGACAGCAGUCGAUUCGGUUAACAUCAACGUCAGCACCAAAAGCCAUAGCCCUGUGGAGAACCGCUGCUUCCAGGUGGAAGAGCCUUCCAAAGACGGAAAGGAAAGUCGCAUUCCUUGCUGGUGGCACAAGUACUGCCAUCAUUGGUUUGCUCUUGGUGAACGGUAGCAGUGACAAGGAGCCUGCCGAUGCGCAUGAUGUGCAAACGCUUUCGAGGAUUCCUCUCGGGAAGCUUAUCACAGGCUGGACGGCCUUUGCAUUCUGCUCUUCGCCAACAUGGGUUGAUAUGAGUGAGAAUCUCUACAACAUCCUAUCAAGAAUCCCCAUCGUUUCGUCCAUCACACAUUUGUUCGUGAUGAAUGUCUUCUUCAAUCAGUUUCUUGGCGGAGAGACCACAGAGGAUGCUAUCCCCAAGAUCAAAGCUCUUCGUAGGGAGCAUAUUGGGACUCUCCUUGGUUACAACAUCGAAGCCGAACUGGAUGGGACAAGUAAAGAUCCCGAGUUGAUCCGCGUCCAGGUGGGGCAUGUUCUGGAGUCAAUUAAGGCUCAAGGACAGCUAGGCAGAAAGUUCUACCCCGACACCAGCGCAACUAGCGGUGAUAACCGCUCGUGGGUAAGAAUUAAGGUGACUGGACUUCUGCCACAUCCUGUCGCCUUGCUCCAUGGUUCGGAUGCAAUUCUUGAAUCAAGGGAGGCAAGGGGUCUAGACAGAGAUGUGCCCUACCCUGGUCUACCUCACGACGGCGAUUGGGAAGCCGCACUAAACGGAAAGCAAGUCACGUCUUCCGAUCGCCAGCAGCUACAGGAUCUGUAUGGGAUACUCGACACGAUUAUGAAACUCGGACGCGAAGAGAAUGUGCGCGUUAUUAUCGAUGCUGAACAAACCUGGUAUCAACCUAUUAUCGACAGCUUAACGGAUGCUCUCAUGCAAAAGUAUAACGCCCUAGAUGGACCUGCCCCGUGUGUCGCCUCAUUUCAAGCCUACCUUCGUCGCUAUCCUCAGCUCCUUGACCAGCAGAUUGUCCGAGCUCAAGAGAAAGGGUACAAACUUCUGUUCAAGCAGGUCAGGGGAGCAUAUAUCAAGACCGAGGGUGAGAGGUGGGCCAAAGAAGGUCGCCAGGGCCCGGGGCCCGUCUGGGGAACGAAGGCAGAGACCGACGCCAGUUUUAACUACGGCAUUGAGAAAACGCUUGCAACCGUGCACAAAGACAUUCAAGGGACCGGGCAUUCGAAGAUCGGUGCUAUUUUUGCGACACACAACUCCCAGAGCAUUGAUCUCGGGAUCAAACUGUUAGAGACGUACGGGUUGGCAAAUCGUAGAAGGGACGAUGAAAAACUCGUCGUUUCGAACGAGGCUGCCGGAAGCAUUGCUUUCGGUCAGCUUUAUGGUAGGUUAUGCUACUCGAGAAUGAAAGACGACCUCACGAAUUGGAUUGCGGGAUCUAUAGUCACUGAAGAUGAAUUCCCUCUUGUUAUCAAGUCAAUGAGCUAUGGUGAUUUGAAAGAAUGUUUGCCCUUCUUGGCCAGAAGAGCUACUGAAAACAAGGCAGUUCUCGAAGGGAGGGGUGGUGCAAGUGCCGAGAGAAUUAGGCUUGGUCGCGAAAUCCGUAGACGUUUCCUGCCCUGGACUUCAUACUAG